AUGGUGGGUAAAACAGAGCGAGAUGCAUGGAACAAAGGACCUGUCGCCAUCAAUGUUGUUACCAACACAAACACCCAGUCCAUUGAGUGGCAAAUCUCACUUGGCAACCUCCCUCAAGGGCCCUUCGAGCUGGUUCUUGGGAUCUCGUCACAGGACCUGGAUCUCAAUGCUGUCGACUCUAUAACUGUUGGUUAUAUCAAUGGACCCAACCAAGCCCUCAGACGCCCCAGUGAGAUCGCAAUCGAGUCUGGAGCAAAAGGGGCGAUCAGUGUCAUUUUGACCAUCGAAACCUGGAAGGGUGUAUCGCUGAACCCUGGAGCCAUUGGAUUACAUUUUCUGGAGCUGCACCAAGACUCGCUCACAAUGUAUCGGGAUGACCCGAGCUACAAAAAGCACCAUCCGUUUACUUGGUGCAUCGAUGUCAACCUCACGGUCGACAAUCCUCCCAAUGGCACUGCAAAGGAGAUCAUAUCCUACCACUUCUCCGGUGAUGGUGCCUAUGCCGCCUUGCUGACAUUUUCUACCACAGGUCAGCAUUUGGAAGUCUACCGCAUCGAACAAGAUUGCCCCUCCUCACCACUCACAGCAUCAUGGGUUCUUUCGCCAUACUCAACUACAGUGUCCGACAUAUCCGUCUCCUGGAACGCGACCCAGAUCGUGGCAUUGGACCUCACUGACAAAAACUUCACUGCCAUCUAUGUUCGUCAGAAUAGCAAACACGGGACCCGAGACUUUGCUACCAACGCCCCAGAACUAUCAGAGGAGCAGUACAUUGCUAACGAGCUCCACCAAGACCUCGGACGCUAUAGCGGUAGAGGCAUGUUCUACGUUUCUGGAAGCCUGAACAAGAUCCUCAGUGACGAGCUCUUCGUUACUUUCGAUGGAAUGACUUUGGUAAAAUAUUCUAUUUGUGGGAGGUGGGAAGAGGCCACAACGAUAACGAUUGGUGGACCGAAGGACUCGAUUGACUUCUACCCGUACUGGAAGGAGCACCUACGAGGAGACUAUUUGGUGUUGCUGAACACAGAGAGAGCCUACGUGUCUAUAUGGAAUCUCAGGAAGGAAUGCUCAGUGACAGCAAUGGACAUACCGACCACAAUAUCGGAUAACCCGUACAUCGUUGCUUGCUUGUCAGAGUGUGGGUGGCUUUUUGUGAUGGCUACAAGGCGACAUAUCGACGUUUACCUCACCGAAACUUGGACUAGUCUUGGAUCUUGGUGCCUUCCAGUCACCGAGCAGAUGGACAUAUCUGAUGUUUACUUUACGGGUGAGAGUGAUUACAUCACCGCCGACACUUCGAAUCUUGCGCCCGUCAUUCACACUCAAGGAUAUGUCGUCAACAUCAACACCAUGACUACCGUGAACAAAAUCCACUGCAGGAACCUCCAUCCCCAUUCGCUUUUCGCCCUCGACUCGGUUGAUCGCUCAGCACCCAUACUGUUGUACCAGACCCAGACGACAUUGGGGGCUCUUCCAUAUGCCGAUCGUGUAGUGAGAAUAUUUUCCAAGGCGGCGACAUUGUGUACCCACGACUGCACUCCUCCCCUAUUCUCCCAACCUACAUUGUCGCCUAUUUUACAAGCCGAGGUUGUAGAACGAACAAUCGGACCCUGGGAUAGACUGAUCACACUGCGCUUCAUCUCCAUUACAACAAGGAUGCCCACUGAUGUCGCCGUUGAGGUCAUGUCCGUCCCGCUGCCAAAAGGAUCCGAGUUGCUGAGUUUGAGGUGGACAUUGGUCGAUGACCACUACUUCUUGGUCGUGGCUAUGAGUUCUUUGGUUCCUGUGUGGAAGAUCCAGGCGACACUGAAUGACGAGUACGAGUUGCUUUUGGUUAAGGAAACUACAACUGAUGCGGACUGGAGGAUCUGUCAGCACCAUCAACUGCAUCGACAUGACAGGAUCACUAAUAUUAUCACGGCAACGAACUUACUGGAUCCACGCAUACACGAUCUGACUGGCUUCCAGGAUGGCAUCGUUCAGUUAUCAAGGGUAUUCAAGGACGCCGACGACAAGUCAAAGCGUGGCAUUAUACAACACAUGGAGCGACACAUAAACCAUGGCCUUGAUUCAAAGAACAACUCAGCAACCGUACUCACCCGCCUCUGCUCUUCAUGGUCACCAGAGUAUCACGAGCACUUGUUGGCUUUCAUCCACGCGCUCUUUGGAUCGGCUUCCUUCCGCUGGAUACCAACUACUGACAUGAAUCGAGAGACCAACCCUAUCUCGAUCCUCCUCGGUCAUCUGAACGCUAGUGUUGUGGUUGCAGACAUUGUUGAGAUCAUGAUCAGCUAUUGUGUCCACCAGGCCAAAGCCGACAGCGAUCUACGAUUUCUCGAUCCGGUCUUUCUUUCUCUACGAGCCGCUGUCAAGUCCAAGUAUAUCACCCCCGGACUCCUGUCGAAGACAAUGCGGACCUUUGCCCAUUUUCCUGCCCGCGACUUCCGUUUCGCGAUGGACCACCACGCGUUCGCCUUGCGCAUUUUCAAGUCCCGCGAACGGAAAAAGAUGCUGCACGAACGGAAAAAUCCUACUCUGUAUUUGACAUCCAAGAACGUUCACAGGACGGGUAACGAAAGACUGACGCCUCACCUCUACGUCGCAUCUUUUGACAUGCUCUGGGUCAUUGAGGAGAUACCAUUUCCGAGGCAAAGACCUCUUGCUAUUCUCCUUCGCAUCCUUCUCUUCGUCACGCUUACAACCAGGAAACGGUAUGUCUGCCAUCCUUUUAGUCUGAGAGACUUGGACAACCCUGCAUUGGCUGCCUUGAUCCGGUUCAAAUGGAUCGUGUUCUACAGUUACAUUGCAUGGUUCUAUUCAGCUCUCAUUCUCAGCAAUCAGCUCUCCGACAAAGAAGAUGAUGGGCCAAUGGGAAAUAUCUACAACGCCAAUAUUGUGGAGAUCCUUGUCGCUUUCGUGCCUUCGAUUGCACUAAUGGCUAUCGCGUUUUCGUUCAACUUGGACCUGUAUUACUUCGUCACGGCACUUUCAAUUCUGAUACUUCUGCUGCAAUUGCUGUUCGAGUUUCGAGUGAUGAAGACUGUAGGUAGCUUCCUGUCGGUAUUGUGGCGUGCGCUCGAGUCGGUCAAGAUCCUACUUGCGGUCUUUGCCUACAUUAUCGUUGCAUACGGGGUUGUCUUUUAUUAUUUGCAAUACCUGGCCUGCGAGGAUGACAAGUAUCCCAAGUUACAGGACAACAACUCGGCCGCUUUUUGUGAGCAUUACCACGACGGAGGGAUGUAUGCUUUGGUCGACGAGAAGAUCAAGACAGGAGACUGGAUCAUAAAUGUUAUUAUGGUCACCUUUCUCUUUAUCGUCACGAUCAUGCUCAACAUCCUGUUCGAUCUUCGAAACAAUGGGGCUUGGUUCCCAGAGAAAAUCUACUACACAGCAACGCCUCAGGAGGUCCGCGAUUACAUACUGGAAUCACAACGACUAGCCAAAAAAGCAGCGGCCGCUGCUCUCCCGCUCGAGGAUGACACCCAAGACAAAACGCCAGUGUUGAAUGAACCUGCCGAGAACGCUGUCACUACCGAGCAACAAGUUUUGGAAAAGCAGCAACCUUGGGUGGAUCAAUUGAGGGUGGACAUGAGAGCAGAGUUCAAGGAGGAGUUGAGGGAGCAGCUGGAGGCCCAGAAUGAACAGAUCGCAUAG